AUGGCCAUCAUAAGAUCACCCCCUUCUUCAUCUGAUGACCUGUCAUUGAAAUCUGAGCAGCCUCCGUGCAGGGAUGCCAUCUUGGCUCCUUCUGCAUCGUGCGCCUGCCGCCAUACAAACUCUGGCGGGGUUUAUCCGGCUUUGCCUUCUUGUUUCUGCGGCCCAUUUGGUCCGUGGUGUUCUCAGGGUCGCCCCAGGAUAAGUUUGGCUUGGGUUCGAGUGCUGAAAAAGGUGCUUAGUCGGCUCGCUAGUCUGGAGCUCCACGGCCAUGCGACUGUCCGCUUCAAGCGCAAAGCUCCGCCUCGAUUGCAG